GUAAAAAUGGCGGACAAACAUAAUUUCCCGCGAGCAGCCUCCCCAAUCCUUAAUAUUUCUUCAGCUUGAAGUCAAACAGUAUUUUUUAAUUUUCGUUUCUUCGAUUUUUCUACACUAUGACCGCAUUGAAUUUGGGAAGAAGUGCUUCAAAAAGGAAGAAAGAUGCCAAAAAAGAGUUUAAAGUCGAUUGGAGCGGCCACGGUGAGUAUAUGCAAGUAAAGGUACAGAAACUAGAUGUUCAGUUCAAAGAGGAUGUUGGUCCAAAAGGACGCCAAGAUGUCAAUGUACCUAAGAUCUUUGAGAAAGUAGUUAUUCACAUCAAUGGAUACACAGAGCCAUCAGCAGAUGAAUUGCGACGCCUGGUAUACUCAUAUGGUGGAAGUUGUCAACAAUACUACACAAAGCGUUCAGUGACACAUAUCAUUGCAACAAACCUACCAAACAGCAAAAUCCAAGAGAUAAGAGAUGAACUAGUAGUGCAUCCAUCUUGGAUUUUGGACAGCAUAAAAGCAGUCAGAUUGCUUCCUGUUAAUGACUAUCUUCUUUAUCAACCACGCCAAGCUGCACAGAAGGUUUUGAAUUUUACUUCCAAACUAUCAUCAACUGUGACAUCUUCCACACUCUCUUCUGCUGAGGGAAGGGGACACACAACAGUUACAUCAAGGGAGGGUAGAUCAAUGGCAGAAAAGUCAUCUUCAUGUACCUCUGUACCACAAUACACAAGAACACCUGAGGAAGUAGAGUUGCAACACCAAGAUAUUUGUAAUGAUAAAGAUAAAAGAACUGGUAUUACUGGUAAUGACUCAAUUAAUAGGAGGACAGAUAUGUCAACCGAGACUUAUGAAGUCAAAAUCAGUAGUGAAAUCAAUAGUAAAGAAGAAGAAAGAUUCAAGAUGAAUUAUGAUGGAGACAAAGGUGAUGUUUCUUUGCAAGACACUGUAGAGACAACAACCUCUAAAAAUAACACUGAAGAUUCCAUAUUGUUCAAGAAACCGAUCAGCUUACCCAGAGCUGGUGAUGCAAACUUUGUAUCAGAAUUCUACAAUAAUUCCAGACUGCAUUACCUUUCGACGUGGGGAGCAGAAUUCAAGAAAUACACAAGUGAUCUUAUCAAGUCUGGUGCAGCCAAGGGGUGGAAGUGUAGAGGGAGUGGCCGGGUAGGGCCACAUGGCCGUGUUAUUAUGCAUAUUGAUAUGGAUUCAUUCUUUGUUUCUGUAACGUUGAGAGACCAGCCUCAUCUCCGAGGCAAACCCAUUGCUGUGUGUCAUGCUGGGAAGAGCACUUCAUCAGCUGAACAAGCAUCCGCUGGUAACCCACAAAUUUCACCAAUGAAACCGGCAUCAUUCUUCAACUCCAUGUCAGAGAUCGCUUCCUGUAGCUACGAGGCAAGGGCCGUUGGAGUACGUAAUGGCAUGUUCCUAGGCCCUGCUCGUAAACUCUGCCCUGAUAUCCACUGUGUUCCAUACCAGUUUAAUGAAUACCGCAAAGUGUCCCAAAGGCUUUAUGAUAUUUUGGUAACCUAUAGUCAUGAAAUAGAGGCUGUGAGCUGUGAUGAGGCUUACAUUGACGUGUCAGAGGUCAUGGAAGCGGAUGAAACACCAACACAGCUCGCAGAGAAGAUUCGCGGUGAGAUCAAGGAAGCCACCGGCUGUACAGCAUCUGUUGGUGUCUCAUUUAAUAUUCUUCUGGCCAGAAUGUGCACCAGAGUGGCUAAACCUGAUGGAUGUUAUUACCUAUCACCUUCUGAUGACGUCAAUACUUUUAUGGGCUCCCAGAAAGUUGAAGACCUCCCAGGAGUUGGAUGGAGUAUGAGAGACAAGCUGCGAACUUUGGGAGUUGAAACAUGCUUUGACUUACAGAAGCACUGUUGUCAAACAUUACAGCGCGAGUUCGGACCCAAGACCGGUCUUGUUUUAUACCAAUCAUGCCGUGGUGUUGAUGACAGAACUCUUAAAACUGAGCGAGAGAGAAAGUCUGUGUCAGCAGAGAUCAAUUAUGGAAUCCGCUUCACAAAGGAAAGUGAGGUGGAAUCAUUUGUUAAUGAACUUGCCGAAGAAGUACAAAAAAGACUUCAGUCGCUUGGCAUGAAGGGCAAGUGUAUAACCCUGAAGAUGAAGGUACGCAAAGCGGGAGCGCCGACUCCAAGAAAGUUCAUGGGUCAUGGAAUCUGUGAUAACAUCGCUCGGUCUUGCACUUUACCUACUGUCACGGAUGAGGCGCAAGUCAUAGCCAAACAAUGUCACGCACUCCUAAAACAACUGAGUGUCACGCCAGAGGACAUGCGGGGCAUGGGAAUUCAAGUGAGCAAGUUGAACGACAAAAAGGCUGGUACUUCCAAUAAGAACACAAGAUCGCUCUUUGAUUUUAUGAAACCUCAAUCGAGUGACAAUGAAGAUGUUACUGAACCCUCUGCUUCUGAAAGAGCACCUGAAAACAAAGGAGAAAAUCACUUUAGGUCACCAGCAGAAAGCCCUGUGCGGGAAAGAGGCGACACUGCGUUGACACUUCCACCUUUACCAAAAUUCUCGCCCCAGAUCGCUCUGCAAGCUCGGAAUUCUAGGUCAGAGAAAAGGCCGGGCGACUUGGGAGAGAGCCUAUACUUGCCCUCUCCGUCACAGAUUGAUCCGACAGUACUCGAGGCUUUACCUGAAGACAUUCGGAGGAGUAUCGAGAAAUCAUAUGCUGCAAGAAAUAAGAAAAUUCCUGCGGCCAAAACAGGAAGGCAAGAGGAAGAUGAGACCACGCCGAGACAAAUCCCUCAAAAGAAUAGUAUUAAAAACAAGAAGGGCAAGGCAGCCUCAAAACCCUUUCGGAUUCUAUUUGAAGACAAUCAUUUGCCAGAAGAAGGGGCCCAAAGAGCUUCAGAUUUGUUGCCCUCCCCAUCACAAAUUGAUCCGGAAUUUCUCGCAGCACUUCCUGAAGACGUAAGACAGGAAAUAGAACAGGCUUGUAAACAAAAAAACUUCCUUGGUGCUCCUUCUAACGUCCAAGAGGGACGCCUUGGUGAUCAUUUCUCAGAUUUUGCAUCUGAACAUAAAACAGAAAGGACUUUUACGACAAGACUUCAAGCAGAGGAUGUAAACAAUACAAGAAAAAGUCAGAUCAUCGCUCCACCUAAACAGGCGCGUUUGGGAGAGGCUGUUACCCUUUGUGAUGUAAAGAAAGUAAUUACAGACUGGACUUCCGCUUAUGAAGCUCCUUUAGAAGAAGAUGUUGAAGUGUUUAGUGAGUAUUUGUUACAGCUUAUUGGAAUGAAAAACUUAGAGCAGUUAUGGAAAGUGUUAAAAUUUCUCGACAGGAGAAUCGAAGGACGUGAAGAUUGGAAAAAUAUGUGUUGCUCCGUUUUAGAGCAAGUUCAGCACCACCUCCAGCAAAAAUACUCAAGCAAGUUAUCUGUUAAGUCGCUGAAAUUCUGCAGCUCAUGAGUUCGCUAAUGUUUCAUUUCACUUUACAUGUGUAUCGUAAGUGACGUCAACAAAAAUUUUUAAAUGAAAGCCGAAGGAAA